CUGAUGGGGCUGUUUUGCAUGCAGAUGAGUUGCUGGCAGAGACAUUCCAUGGGCAGAGGAGCCUCUGGGCCUGGGGCGCUGUGGGAGCUAUAAAAGGCAGCCCUGAGCAGGCUCCCUCAUCCUGCUCCUGCCUUCUCCUCCGUGCUGACCAAGGUCCAGCUGCAGCCCUCGGCCAUGUCCUGCUACGAUCUGUGCCGCCCCUGCGGGCCAACCCCCCUGGCCAACAGCUGCAACGAGCCCUGUGUCAGGCAGUGCCAGGACUCCCGCGUGGUGAUCCAGCCCUCGCCCGUGGUGGUGACGCUGCCAGGACCCAUCCUCAGCUCCUUCCCCCAGAACACCGCCGUGGGCUCCUCAGCCUCUGCUGCUGUGGGCAGCAUCCUGAGCGAGGACGGAGUCCCCAUCAGCUCCGGGGGCUUUGGGCUGUCUGGCCUGGGCGGGCGCUACUGCGGCAGACGCUGCCUGCCCUGCUAGAGCCCUGCCCGAGCCCAGGGAGGCCUGGACCAGGGAGCCCCAAGCCAGGUGCUGGGCUGAGGCUGGCACUGCUGGGCAGGCUUUGCAGCUGGGCUGAGCACCCUCUCGAGCUGCUGCCCAGGAGGGAGGCAGCAAGGUGCUCUCUGGACUCCAGGCCAACCUCUGUCUUGGUCUUGAAAUGCUUUUGGUGCCUUUCCUGUGUCUGUGAUUUGCAUUUCACACUGCUGUGGGCUGAUGCUGUCCUGUCAGUGGUAGCUGGGGGGGGUAUUCAGGACUGAAGGAAAAGUGGAGUUUUGCUUGCUGUCUUCCAGCUGGAAUGGUUCAGAUGUCUCCUUCCCCUGUGGCAUCCUGGAAUGUGUUCUGUUUGUUGUGCAGAAUCCCUCUUGACUUUGUAUCAUUAAACUGAAGUUGCAUCUG